AUGCCUCCUCCUCUCAAUCCGCUCCCGGUAUUGCGAACAUGCGUGCUGCGACCACGCGCGAUGGCUCUGCGGCCGAGCAACGCCGUCAUUGGCGUCAAGCGACACUUCGCAAACCAGAAGGACUCACUCCCCCAGUCGGAAGACAAGUCUGGCCCCAAUAUGCACCAAGCUGAGCAUGUGAGCGAAGAGGCUGCGAAGAUGGCGAAGAUUCAGGGUGGCGAAGGACCUGACGUGGAGGGCCAGGGAACACCAGUGCAAGAUGUGCGAAACACACUGGCGAGGAAAGGGAUGCGAAUGCUGACACGGGGAACAGAUCAUGAGAAACGAGACGGACACUCUCAAGAAUGCGCCGAAAGUGAUGCAGAAGGAUGCGAAAAGGGGGGAUACCACAACUGCUUCCACCACACCUGGAGGCACACGCUCGUUCUCAACAUGGGCACGACGACAGCAAGACCUCUCCCUCAACCCAGAACAAACCGGCUCGCUGGACCCGUCAAUGCUGCCCACUGCUGAGCAACAGGCGCAGUACGCCGCCGAAUUGGACGCUUCAUCGAACGUGCCAGUGGAGAACCCGGGGCACAAAUACCCGCUUCCCACUCUGCCGCUGCCCGGUAACCUACGAAAGGACAAACGCUACGAUGCCAUUGUUGACCAGGUCACCAACCUGAUGAUGAUCGACGGCAAGAAGAGUGUUGCGCAGCGUAAUAUGGCUGUGAUUCUCAACGUCUUGCGGACUUCCUCUCCUCCGACUUAUGAUCCUAGGCGGCCUCUACUACCCGGCGCGCCGCCAGCGUCUCACCUCCCGCUGAAUCCAAUUCUCUAUCUCACACUGGCAAUCGAUAGCGUGGCUCCUUUGCUUCGAAUUCGUGCGCAAAAAGGAGCAGCAGGUGGUGGUGUAGCUUUGCAGAUCCCUGUGCCGUUGGGUCUGAGACAAAGAAGACGGCAGGCUUUUGUCUGGAUUCUUGAUAGUGCCUUAAAGAGGAAGAGCAGAGGUAGUGGGAGGGACAUGUUCGCGCAAAAGAUUGCCGAGGAGCUUAUUGCUGUAGUGGAAGGGCGGAGCUCUGUGUGGGAGAAGAGGACGGGCGUCCACAAGCUGGCAACCACGGCGAGAGCAAAUCUGAACUAUGGAAGUCGACGCAAAAGAUAA